AUGAGUGGACAAGUGGUUCCAGCUUCGAAGCGGAACAGUUUGGUUCAGAAACGUAAUACUUCGACUCUGAAGAAAUCGUCUAACCAAUCGGAAAAUGGAACCACCGCUACAACCAACGGAGCCCUUACAAAGUCCUCAUCGCCGGGUCAAUCGUCUGCUGGCGGGGAAAGAACGGUGAAGAAGCUGAGGUUAUCCAAAGCCCUCACGAUUCCGGAGGGGACCACCAUCUCCGAUGCUUGUCGGAGGAUGGCAGCCCGGCGUGUUGACGCUGUUCUUUUGACUGAUGCUAAUGCUUUGCUUUCUGGCAUUGUCACUGACAAGGAUAUUGCAACUAGAGUUAUAGCAGAGGAGUUGAGGCCAGAGCAGACGACAGUUUCGAAAGUUAUGACUAGAAACCCCAUAUUCGUCACUUCAGAUUCGUUGGCAAUCGAGGCUCUUCAGAAGAUGGUUCAGGGUUCUGAUGGUGGUGUGAGCAUGGAUAUUGGAUCGUAG